AAUAGUCAGGUACUUGACUAUUGGGGAGCAAUUUAUUGAUGCAGAAAAGAUAAUUCGCCACCCCAAGUACAACAAAGACACCACAAACAAUGAUAUCAUGCUGAAUAAACUGAAGUCACUUGCUAUCCUCAACUCCCAAGUGUCUACAAUAUCUCUGCCCAGAUCCUGCCCAUCUACAGGGGCUCAGUGCCUUGUGUCUGGCUGGGGAAAUACUGUGAACCUUGGGGGCAAAUACCCAGCAAAUACCCAGACACUUCAGUGUCUGGAAGCCCCUGUCAAACUACAGGGAAACCCUGUCUCAAAAAACCAAAAAAAUUCCUACCCAGGCAAGAUCACAAGCAACAUAUUCUGCCUUGGCUUCCUGGAGGAUAGAAAGGACUCCUGCGAGGGGAACUCUGGUCCCCCUGUCAUUUGCAAUGGAGAGAUCCAGGGCAUUGUCUCCUGGGGUACAGGCUGUGCAGUGAGAGGCAAGCCUGGUGUCUAUACCAAGGUCUGCAACCACCUGAGCUGGAUGUGGGAGACCAUGGCUGCCAACUGA